CACGACCAGCUGUACUUGCAGGCCAAAAAAUCUUGAUCUCCUUUGCUGGAAAUAGCAAAUAUCAUCUUAUUACUUGACCAAAUUAAAAUAUACACUUUAUUUGGCUUUCUUCAGCUCGAAUUCUGGACAACAGGGUUUUCAGUGCCCAAAAAUCGGUCAAAUUUUUUUUUGUCGCGAAUAGCAUCAUGCCUUCAGCAAUUUCACACGAAGCCAGCGACUCAAUUGGCGACAGCCAUUCUGAUUCAAUUCCAACUCACCAUCUCGGAGUCAAACCCCUGGGAAACCAGUAUCUCGCCACGGGGCCGAAUGCCCGAAGAAGUAUUGGCACAUGGGCAGUUCUACCCGAUGAGAUCCUUGCCCUUGUUCUCGAGGGAUCUGACAAAAGUUCACUUUUGAGUCUUGGGUCUACAUGCAAGUUUUUAUAUGCCUUCUGCCAUUCUGAAGAACUAUGGAAAGCCCUUUAUCUUCGAUCUCAAUCGACGAGCAGCUCAUCUAUUAAUUGGCGGGGAUCAUGGAGAUCGACCGUCUUGGGCCUUGACAGUGAUCGGCAAGCAAAAGUUGACUGCAGCAACGUCUUUUCCGAUGUACUACAUCGACCUUUUGCCUGCAGCAAUAUUGAGCUGGCAAAAUAUGUCACAGGGAUACCAAAAGCUAAUCAGAUUCGCCGGUUUGAGAAUCUCACAUAUGAAGAGUAUGCUGAAAGAUGGACUGAGCAACCUUUUGUCUUGACGAAAUGCAUACAAGAAUGGCCAGUUUACUCCCAGUGGACCAUUGAUUCCCUACUCGACAAGUUCGCCGACGUUGAGUUUCGUGCCGAAGCGGUGGACUGGACAUUUUCACAGUAUUGUGAUUAUAUGAAUCGGAACAGAGACGAAAGCCCUCUCUACUUGUUCGAUCGAAAAUUCGCUGAGAAGAUGGAGCUCAAGGUCGGACACUCAGAGGGUGCCUCGUAUUGGCGGCCCGACUGCUUCGGACCAGAUCUCUUCGAGGUUCUGGGAGACGAGCGGCCGGCUCACCGGUGGUUGAUUAUCGGGCCCGAACGAAGCGGGUCUACUUUCCACAAGGACCCCAACGGGACGAGUGCGUGGAAUGCCGUGAUUCAGGGGGCUAAAUACUGGAUCAUGUUUCCGCCAACGGCCCAGGUACCCGGAGUUUACGUAUCUUCAGACAGCAGCGAAGUAACAAGCCCCCUAAGCAUUGCUGAGUGGUUGCUCACGUUCCACGACGAGGCGAGACACAUGCCUGAGUGUGUUGAGGGCAUCUGUAAUGCUGGAGAGAUACUUCAUGUUCCGAGUGGAUGGUGGCAUCUCGUGGUGAACAUUGAAAAGGGCAUUGCCCUGACUCAGAAUUUUGUUCCUCAGUCUCCCAGCCUGAACCUUGUUUCCGAAGUCUUGUCGUUCCUAAGGGACAAGCCGGAACAAGUCUCUGGCUUCUCGCGAGACGUGGAAGAUCCCUUUGGCCUUUUCACAGCCAGACUCAAGCAAGACUACCCAGACGUUCUGGAGAAGGCACUAGAACUGGCUGAUAAGAAGAAUGGCAAAAAGAGAAAGUGGGAUACGGCAGUGGGACGAGAUGAAGAGCAAGCAGAAGGAUUUAGCUUUGGGUUUGGAGGCGAUGAUGAUGAUGAGAUCCCGUAAUGGCAGUCUAUGUAUAGAUGGGCACUAUAUCUACGAUUAAUGAAUAUCUUGGGAGCUGGCAUGCAAGUAUACGCAUAUAACAUGCGAUCUGUAGAUUGCAAGUAUCGGCAUGUAGAUAGAGGAAUCGUUGUGGGUGUGGGUAUACGGAGUACAACGCACUGGGCAUGUAGGUAUGCACGACAACUUGAACUUUGCGGGGCUCUACAGGGUUGAUUCUGCAUGGCUCCUCUAUUGUUUGUGAUGUGAUUAUUUUG